AUGAAAACAAGAUUUUCAUCAAUUGAUAUUAGGACAACAGUUGUAAAUUUACAAAAAUCCUUAAUAGGUCUUAGAUUAGCAAAUCUAUAUGACCUUUCACCAAGAGUUUUUCUAUUAAAAUUUUCAAAGCCUGAUUGUAAAAAGAAUCUUAUCAUUGAAUCUGGUAUUCGUAUUCAUAGUACUAAUUUCGUACGUGAUAAAGGUGAUCAUACACCUGCCCCAUUUUCAUUAAAUUUAAGAAAAUAUUUAAAAACAAAAAGAUUGGAAAGUGUAAAACAAUUAGGAGUUGAUAGAGUUGUUGAUUUUACAUUUGGAUCAGGAGUUGCAGUACAACAUUUAAUAGUAGAACUUUACUCUAUUGGUAAUAUUAUAUUAACAGAUGGUGAAUAUAGAAUUUUAGCAAUUUUACGUACACAUCAAUAUAAUCAAGAUGAAUCAGUUGCAGUUGGUGAUGUUUAUCCAAUUGAUAAAGUUAAAGUACCAACUGAAUUCACAGAAUCAUUAAUCGAUCAAAUCAUAGAGAAUACAGUAGACAAAAAGGAAACUUUGAAACAAGUAUUUAACAAAUCAUUAGAUUUCGGACCAGAAUUAAUUGAACAUUGUUUAUUAUCUGCUGGUUUACAACCAUCAACAAAGUUAGAACAAUAUGAUCAUAGUAAAUUUAGUAAAUCAUUAAGAGAUUCAUUUAUUCAAGGUCAAAAAAUAUUUGAUAAUUCAAUUCAAUCAAAAGGUUAUAUAGUUUUAAAAGAUCCAAAACAAUUAAAACCACAACAACAACAAAAACAACAAAAACAACAACAACAACAACAAUCAAAUACAUUAAAAAUUUCAAAUGAUUUAUCAUCAAAUAAUAAUAACAAUAAUAAUAAUAAUAAUAAUUUAGAAGAAAAAAAAGAAAUGGUAAUUUAUGAAGAAUUUGUACCAUAUUUAUAUAAACAAUAUGAAUUAAAGAAAUUUAUUGAAUUUGAAUCAUUUGAUGCAGCAGUCGAUCAAUUCUUUUCAGAGAUUGAAUCACAAAAAGUUGAACAACAAAGAAUCGCUCAAGAACAAGUCGUCUUAAAGAAAUUGGAUAAAGUUAAAGAGGAUCAACAAAGAAGAAUCGAUAGUUUAUUUGCAAAUGAAGUUGAAAAUAUUAGAAAAGCACAAUUGAUUGAAGCAAAUCUUCAAGAAGUUGAUCAAUGUAUUCUAAUCAUUAGAUCGGGUGUAGCCUCAUCAAUGGAUUGGGAAACUUUGAACCAAUUAUUAAAAGAAGAAAAGAAAAAGAAUCCAUAUUCUGUAGCAACAAAAAUUCAUCGUUUAAAAUUAGAAUCAAAUCAAAUUACUUUAUCAUUAACUGAUAAUUUCUUAUAUGAUGAUAAUGAUGGUGACGACGAUGAUGACGAUGAAGAAUCUGAUGAAGAAUCAGAUGAAGAAGAUCAAAAUACAAAAAAAUCAAUAAAGAAAUCAAAAACAUCAAAUCAAAAACCAAAUUUAAUUGAUGUUGAUAUUAGUUUAUCAGCAUUUGCAAAUGCUAGAAAAUAUUAUGAUACAAAGAAACAAUCACAUGAGAAAGCACAAAAAACUAUAUCACAAGCUGAAUUUGCAUUGAAAGCUGCUGAAAAGAAAACUCGUCAACAGUUAUCAGAGACUAAAUCAAAGAAUUCGAUGAUUGCAAUGAGAAAGAUAUUUUGGUUUGAAAAGUUUCAUUGGUUCAUUAGUUCUGAUAAUUAUAUCGUUGUGAGUGGUAGAGAUGCUCAACAGAAUGAGUUACUCUAUAAAAAGUAUUUGGAAAAGGAUGAUAUCUAUGUACAUGCCGAUAUUUUCGGUUCAACAUCUUGCGUUAUUAAAAAUCCAAAUGGUGGUGAAAUACCACCAAAUACUUUAAUUCAAGCUGGUACAAUGACAAUGUGUUAUAGUAAUGCUUGGUCUGCUAAAGUUGUCACUAGUGCUUAUUGGGUCUAUAGUCAUCAAGUCUCAAAAACUGCUCCAUCCGGUGAAUUCCUUACCACUGGUAGUUUCAUGAUCAGAGGUAAAAAGAAUUAUUUACCACAUUCUCAAUUGGUUAUGGGUUUUGGUUUCAUGUUCAAAAUUGAUGAUUCUUGUCUUGGUAAUCAUUUAAAUGAAAGAAAACCAAUUUAUGGUGAAGGUGAUGAUCGUUUAUUAACAACUUCCGAUUCAACCAAUACUACCACAGAGGAUGGUACCAUUGAAUCAAGUGAAAAUGCUGAAAAACAUUUAAGAAAAUUUGAAAGAACUAAAUUAAAAAAAGAACAAAAAGAACAAAAAGAAUUAGAAGAAUUAGAAAAAUUAUCAUUAAAAGAUCAAAAUAAUGAUUCAACUACUACUACUACAACUACUACUACUACUACUACUACUACAUCACCAAUUAAACCACAAACAACAACAACAACAAAUAAAUAUAAAAUUCAAUUAGUUAGUAGCUUUAAAGAUGAUGAAGAUGAUGAUGAUGAAGAUGAUGAUGAAGAUGAUGAAGAAAAUAAAAAAGAAGAAGGUAGAACAAAAGGUUAUGUAUCAGCUCAUCAAAGAAAAUUAAUGAAAAAAGAAGGUAUUUCAUUAGAAGAAGCAGCACAAUUAGAACAACAAUUGAAAAAGGAAAAAGAUGAAAAAGAGAAAAAGAAACAAGAAACCAAAUCUGAAGAAAAAGUUAAAUCUGAACCUCAAAAACAUUUAUUACCAAGUCAAAAGAAUAAAUUGAAAAAGAUUAAAGAGAAAUAUGGUCAUCAAGAUGAAGAGGAAAGACAGGAAAGAAUGGAAAUUUUAGGUUCAGCUGGUUCUAAAAAAGAAAAUAAGAAAAAAGAUAAAAAAGGUAAAAAAGGUGGUAAAUCAACAAAUAAUAAUAAUAAUAAUAAAGAUAAUAAAGAUAAAAAACCAAUAAAUUCAAAUGUUGUUGCUGAUAAACAAAAAGUUGAAGAAAUUAUUAAAUUAAAAGAAGACCAAAAUAAAAAACCAACUCCAACCACUACAAACCAAACAACUACAACAGCAACCACCACAACAACAACAACAACAACAACUGAAAAAUCACAACCAAAAGUUGAAGAAAAAGAAAGUGAUAGUGAAGAAGAAGAAGAAAAAGAAGAUAAAGAAGAAGAAGAAUCAUCAGAAAGUGAAAGUGAGAGUGAAGGUGAAGGUGAGGAAAGUGAAGAGAAAAAAGAAAAAAGAAAAUCAAGAAAAGAAAAAAGAGAAGAUAAGAUUAAAGAAGAACAAGAGAUUAAAAGAUUAUUGGAGGAGGAGAAUUCAUCAAAAGCAGUUGAUGAUCAAAAAGAUAUUACAAAUAUUGAUACAUUAACAGGUCAACCAAGAGAUGAUGAUAUUCUUCAUUUUGCAAUUCCAGUGGUCGCACCCUAUUCAGUAUUCAACAAUUAUAAAUUCAAAGUGAAAUUAACACCAGGUCACUUAAAGAGAGGUAAAGCUGCAAAACAAGCAGCUCAAGUAAUCUUAACAAAUCCACAAUUGACUAAACGUGAAAAGGAAUUGAUUAAACAUGUUAAAGAUGAAGAUUUAACCUCAAAUAUGUUGGCUGAUGUUAGAUUACAUGCUCCAAAUUUAUUACAAGCUCAAAAGAAAGAGAAAAAAGAAAGAAAAGAGAAAGCAAAAGAAAAAGCAAAUGAAUUAAAAGAAAAUUAUAAAGAUAAGGAUAAUAAUAAUAAUAAUAGUAGCACAACCACCAGUACCACCACUUCUACCACUGCCACAACCACUACUUCCAAUAAUAAUAAUAAUAAUAAUAAUAAUAAUAAUAAUAAUAAUAAUAAUAAUAAUAAUAAUAAUAAUAAUAAUAAUAAUAAUAACAAAUCAAAAAAAUAA